GCGAUAGCGCGCUUCUUGAACACAGCCACUGCAGAAUGGCGUAUGGAUUAACUGCUUCCGGUCCACAGGAGUCACAACCGCAUCAAAUCAAAUCCUUUUGUGUUUACAUUUCUGUGUUUUGUUAAGAUGGUGAAAUCUGUGUCUAAUUGAAGAAGAUAUGUCUAAAUUAGAACAAUCAUUAGAUUCCAUAGAGUCUAAAAACAUAAAGAAGAGACCAAGAGUCUCAGAUUCUGAAGAUGAAGCAAUAGGUUUACCUACUAAAAAAGGAUCAGAUUGUAUAAGUCAACAGAAAAUGGCUAAAAAGAAUGCUGAAGCUGUUACAGAAAAAAAUGAUGGAGAAAAUAACCAAGUACAAAAUAAAUCAUUAAAGCAAGAAAAUGGGAGUAAAAGUUUUGCGAAUGAAGAUAAUUGUAUUACAGAUAAAACUAUCAAGAUUACAAAAGAAGAUAAUACAGAAAAUGAGAUUAGCUCAUCUGAAGAGACCAUAAGUACAUCUGUAUCUAAAGAUGAAGUAGAAAAAAAAGAUAUUGGAGUAACUGUAGAAUCAGAUAAAACAUUAGAUGAAGAAGAAAAAAUCAAUGAUGGAACAAAAGAGAAAUAUAUUUCUAAGAAUCGUGCUGUAGACACAGAAGUGGUAGAAGGAUUGGAGCUUUCAGUAGAAUGUGCAAGUGAGAAAGAAGAACUAAAUUCUGAAAGUGAAAAUGAAAACGAUAAAAAACCGAGAGCUAAAACAAUCAUUGUUAAAGCUGAACCAAAUGAGUCAGAAUUAGAAUGUAGUUCGUCAGAGGAGGAAAUUUUUUCUUCUCAAGAAGCCACCAAUACAUUAAAAAGAGAAAAGAGAAAAAAGAAAGGUUCACAGACAAAUUCCGGUAAAUUAACAUUUAAUGAAUCUGACGAUAGCCAAGAUAAUAAUUCCAGUGAAGAUUGUAGUUUAGAAACUAAAAAAACAAAUAAAUCAGUAACACCAAAAAAGUCAACAAAACGUUCUGUAUCCAGAAAAGGACAAAAUAAAGAUGUACAAAAAAAUGUCAGGAAGAAGAGUAACAAACAUGUAUCCGAUGAUAAAGAUCUAGAAGCGACAUUAACAGACGAAAAAGAGAUAAAAAUUAAAAAUAAAACAGAGGAGGAAUUAUCGAAAAGAGAAUCUUCCAUGAGUAACUCAGAAAGUAAUAAUAAUUCUGUGAAUGAAGAUACAUCUGCGAAACGUAAAAGGAAACGUAAUAGUAUUAAACCCGAGGAUAACAGUAAAAUACAAAAAUUGAAAAAAUAUUUAAAAGUUGCUGGCAUCAGAGUAAAAAGUUACGACGAUCUUUGGGCUGAUUGCAACACUAAUGUUGCAAAAAUCAAUCGAUUAAAGAAAUUGUUAGAAGAUAAUGGCGUUACCGGAAGACCAACAUUGGAAAAGUGUAAACUUGUGAGACAAAAGAGAGAAAGAAUAAAAGAAGUAUCCGAAUUAGAUACAUCUAACAUUAUAUCUGAAGGCCGUAUUACACGUACACAAAGAAAUAUUAAAAAUAAAAAGACGUCUUCAGAUACGGAUACAUCAACGCAACAUCACGAAACGCGUAAUAUUUUUAAACGAAUCCGAACUUUUGUUGACAGCGAUUCAGAAUAAAGUAUGGUAUGCU